AUGAGGGCCCCUCCCAGCUCCGCUCCUGCCCCAGGCAAGCCCCCUCCUUACCAGAGGUCCUCUGUCCCCCUUCGCUCCAGGGAUCUGGCCAGCACCCCCACCAGCAGCAUCAGGGGGAUCCCUGUUGAGCCCAUGGAUGCUGCCCCACAAAGAGAGAGGAGAAAGACGCGGAUGCUCCCAGCCCCAGAGACCGCAUCUAUUCCCUCUUCGGCCGGAGAUCCCUCGGGAGAAUCUUCUGGCUUCCGCUCGGAGCAGGAGGGGCCGCUCUCCCUCCGGCCUCCAAGCCACCCCUCCUCCCAGGAGAUCCUCUCUCCACCAGGAGGAAGGGAGCUGCGGAUCCCGCUCUUCAGUUUCUGGAUUUUCCUCGGGGAAAUCCAGCUGGCGUUGCCUGCAGGGAUCGGAUCCCUCCCUUCCCUCCAAGGGGGCAAAGGGGGCUCCGUCCAGGGGCUGGAUCAACCCCCUCCUCGCCUGGCCGAGGCUCUCCGGGUGGAUUCGGGGAGGAGCUUUGGCAGGAAAACAACUGUGACCAAAGAUUUACUGGCAAGUCAGCUGUCAACCUAUAGUAGAAAUUCAGCCCAAAGGCAGCAGCCAAAGGAAAACAUGAAGCGUGGGAAACUCUUGGGUCCCCCAUCAGACAAAAGCAGCCCUCCAAGAACGCCCAAAAGAACCCAUGAAUGCUUAGUGUGUGAGAAAUCCUUUGCUCGCAGGUCCCUCCUUUUGGCCCACAGGAAGGUCCAUGUGGGAAGUGGAUCCAGUCAAGGUUUGGAGGGUGAGAAAUCUUUCUCUGGGAAAAACUCCAAAGAUCUCAGAAGUCCCCCAACACAAAAUCCCUGUAAAUGUGAGGAAUGUGGCUUAUGCUUUGGUCAAAAGUCAGACCUUCUUAGACAUCAGAAAAUCCACACUGGAGAGAAACCUUAUCAAUGUCUGGAAUGUGGGAAAUUUUUCCGUAGAAAAUACAGUCUAAGAAUCCACGAGAGAAUUCACACAGGGGAGAAACCUUACAAGUGUUGGGAAUGUGGGAAGAGCUUUUCUCGGAAAUCAAAUCUUUCGACUCAUGAGAAGAUUCAUGCUGGAAUCAAAUCUUACAAGUGCUUUGAGUGUGGAAAAUGUUUCACCCUGAGUUCAGGUCUUCGGAGUCAUGAGAAAACACACAGAAGGGAGAAAAAUGAAAAGUGCCUUGAAUGUGGGAAAUGUUUUACCCAGAAAUAUAUACUGGUGCGACAUCAGAGAAUUCACACUGGAGAGAGACCCUAUGAAUGCCCAGUAUGUGAGAAACAAUUUAUGUAUUCUCAUGAACUUCAAACACACCAGAAGUGGCACAAAGGGGACCUACCCCAUAAAUGUGGGGAGUGUGGGAAAAGUUUUAUUUCACCAUCCCACCUCCAGGUUCAUCAGAGAAUCCACACGGGGGAGAAACCCUACAAAUGUGGGGAGUGUGGGAAAUGCUUUUCCCAAAAAUACCAACUUCGAAGACAUCAAAGGUUCCACACAGGAGAGAAGCCAUACAGAUGUGUAGAAUGUGGAAAAUUCUUUGUAGACAAACGAGGCCUUUGGUGUCAUCAUAAAACUCACACAGGGGAGAAGCCACAUCAAUGCUAUGAAUGUGGAAGAUUUUAUCGUACCUCAUCAGCCCUUAGAAGUCAUGUGAAAAUUCACACAGGGGAAAAAAACUAUAAAUGUUUAGAUUGUGGGAGAACAUUUGCUGAUUCAUCUCACCUUAGACGUCACAGCCGAAUCCAUACAGGAGAGAAACCCCACAAAUGCUCAGAGUGCGAUAAAUGUUUUUUACAGAAAUAUUCUCUUGUGAUGCAUCAGCGAAUCCACACUGGAGAGAAACCCUAUAAAUGUUUGGAGUGUGGGAAAUGUUUUGCCCAACCUUCAGCACUUCGCAUGCACACCCGAAUUCACACAAGACAAUAGCCCCACAAGUGCACAGAGUGUGAAAAACUUUUUCAUAGUAAAUCAAAGCUAAGGUAAAUCUCUUCAGCUGUGAACAACCUUGGGAGCACUUUUUUUCAACAGUCACAUCUUAAUGUUUAUCAGGAACUUCACAGAGUAACAGAAGUAAUGAUGAUAAAUGUUGAAGAUGAUGACACAAAAAUGUUGUACCCAGAUGAUAUACAAAUUGAUCAGUGAUGUACAAGAAUGAUAAAAGAGAUGUAGUCAUAAAAUAAAAAAGAAUUUGAAAUGAAG